UAUCAACUACUCAAAUAUAUAACUAAAAAACCAGAAGCUAGCUUGUUUGUUAAAAAAGAAAUUAAAGGUGAUGAACAAAAGCUACAUAACAAUGCAAGUAGUAAUAGUUAAGGAAUUACGUAUUAUAAAAUGUACGUGGACGUGAAACCAUAUUUAGAAAAUAGCAAAAACACUCAAAAAAAAUAAAAAGAGAGGCAAAAGUAGUAAGUUAAAUUAUUAGUGUUAUUACUAAUGGAUAGUGUGCUUUACAAUGCCGCAACAUUAGGUAAUGUAAGCUUCCUAAAUGAUGCACGAAACAACGAACUAGAGAGUGGUACUGAUGAGUAUUUUCUAAAGCAAACCAAGCACAAAAAUAACAUCCUUCACUUAGCAAUUCCACGAAAACAUUUCGAGUUUGUAGAAGAAGUGAUUUUAAAUGGCUUAAUAUCUAAACAAGCCAGUGAUGAGUUGUUCGAGCAAGCGAACAAAGACGGAAACACCCCUGUCCAUGUUGCCGCUGAGGUCGGCAACAUGGACAUGUUUAAGCUACUUCAUGAUUAUGUAUGUGGGCAGACUGUCCAAAAGGAAGGGAAGCCGGUGUUCAUGAUGCAGAAUAUAGAGGGCAACACACCAUUACAUGUUGCACUUAUUCAUGCCAAUGUUGAGAUUGCUAAAUUGUUAAUAGAGACGCAUCCCGACUUAGUCUAUGUUACCAACACGUCUAAAGAGACUCCCCUUCACCUUGCAACUAUGCACCAACCUAUUGUGAAAAAUGCUCAUAAGGGACUAUCAAAAAGGGACGGAGAGAGUACAUGUUUUUUUCUCAUUAAUAUAGCCAACAACUAAAAAAAGCUACCGAACAUGACUAGUUAUAGCGCGAGCAUCGCGCGUGUUAGCUUCCCUAGUUUCAUAAAAAUUAUUAUCAAUAUUUUCAUAAAUGAUGAAGUCAAUUAUUUUAUUAGCCUUUGAUUUGUAUAAUUUGUUAAUAUCUGCAUGCUUUAUAACUAAUCAACAGAUGUACUAAUGAAGGACAAAAAAGUUGCAAGUUUAGCAUAU